CCUCUUCGGAAGAGGAGGUGAGCUGGGUGAUGUCGGAGGUGGACCGCUAUUCAGAGGUUUCUGGGUCUCAGAUCAACCGGGACAAAUGUGAGACUCUCUGGCUGGGGGAAGGGGAUCCUGUCUUCGAUCUCCAGGGCACUCUUCCAGAACCCCAGAAGUCUGUAAAGAUCUUAGGCAUCGAUUUUGGCCAGGAUGGAGAUUAUCAUCAGCAAAAUUGGGAGAGUAGACUAAAAGAUGUCGCCCAAAAGGUGGACCGUUGGAAGGGAUGGUCUUUAUCCCUCAGGGAAAGGGUUCACCUGUGCAAAGCCUACCUGAUUCCCGUGCUUUUGUAUCUAAGCAGUGUUUGUGUUUUGCCAGGGUCUCUCUGGGGUACGGUCUACAGCCUCUUUUUCCAGAUGUUGUGGGGAAACAGGCUGAACCUAAUCAGGAGAGAGGUUACUUACCGCACAAGGAGACUAGGCGGGUUGGAUAUGGUCAACCCGGUGGUAUUCUUAACAAAUACCUUUUUGAAAAUUAAUAUUGCAAACCUCUGGAAAGAGAGGGCUCCUUUGUGGGUAAUUUCCUGUAGGGAGUGGUUUCGGCCUUUCUUCCAGGAAUGGGAGACAGGAGGGCGAGUGAAAGACCUACGUGCGUCACAUGGAUAUCUCCCGGCUUAUGUUGCCCCGGUUCUGAGAAUCCUGAGACGGUGGGGUCUGGGGAAGGGAGAGGUGGAGACCAUGUCGAGGUUUUCCCUUGACAGGAAGGUUCUAUCCUACCUUUUUCAGGCCCCACUGGCCUUGAGGGACUGCCCAAGUCAGGAUCUGGAGGGUGGGCUGUCUUUGUUGAAUUCAGAAAGGAUCCCUAAGAAAGUUUGGGAUGUGACUUGGCGCUGCUUCCACGGUAAGCUAUAUGUAAGGGACAAUGUGAAGUGUAGAAACUCUGAGGAAAGGGGUUGUCCCCGGGAGGAGUGUGGUAACCUGCUGGAAACCAUGGACCACUUCUUACUUCAUUGUCUCUUUAAUAUAGAGGUAUACAAAAGGGUGGGAGCUUCCAUCGGUUGGCCUAGGCUGGCCGCCCUGUCCUAUGCGGAGUGGGCCUAUGGGGCUUUCAAAGACCUUGGUGGGAGGGACCGUCGCACUUUAUUCGUAGUUAGUGCAGUGGUUAGGCACCACAUCUGGUGUGCACGGUGUCUAGUGUCAACGAAGAGUCACAAAAUCCUCCCGGUGGAGACGGUAUAUAGGAACAUCAUGGGUGACCUGGUGAAGAUCUACCAAUGUUUUGCUCUGAUCUGGACAUUUCCAUCCCAUCAAUGGACGACUGGGAGGUACCUGAUCCGCCACCUGUUCCAGCUCCGGUAUGGCGGGAAGUCCGGAAGAAGAGACACCGUUCUCCUCCACAAGAUGAACUGCUUGCAUCUAGCUCCCGCUUUGCUCCCCCGUGAACUAUCUAAUGUGGGGUGAUCCCCACUUCCCAUCUCCUAUCUCUGCUCCUUUAUUAGGCGGCAACUCCAUUGAAAAAUAAAAUGUUACAAUGUUGUUUUA